AUGAACUGGGACUGGGCCUGGGCCCUGGUCUCUAGGCCACCUGGGAGGAGGUGGGAGAGGCACUCCCGGGGCUGUCCUGAGCCGUCCCAGUCCCCAACUCUCAGCGCGAGCUUGUGUCUCUGGUGUCGCAGGCUGGUGUCCAUCCACGAGAGCGGCUGGAAGGCCUUGGACGUGACCGAGGCGGUGAACUUCUGGCAGCAGCUGCACCGGCCCCGGCAGCCGCUGCUUCUGCAGGUGUCGGUGCAGCGGGAGCACCUGGGUCCGCUGGCCUCCAGCGCCCACAGGCUGGUCCGCUUCACCUCCCAGGGGCCGUCGGGCGCCAGGCAGCGGGAGCCCCAGCUGGAGCUGCAUACCCUGGACUUCAGGGACUACGGAGCUCAGGGAAAUUGUGAUCCUAAGGUGCCAAUCACUGAGGGCACCCGCUGCUGCCGCCAGGAGAUGUACAUUGACCUGCAGGGAUUGAAGUGGGCUGAGAACUGGGUCCUGGAGCCCCCAGGCUUCCUGGCCUAUGAGUGUGUGGGCGCCUGCCAGCAGCCCCCAGAACCCCUGACCUUCAAGUGGCCAUUUCUGGGACCACGACAGUGCAUCGCCUCAGAGACGACCUCGCUGCCCAUGAUUGUCAGCAUCGAGGAGGGAGGCAAGCGCAGGCCCCAGGUAGUCAGCCUGCCCAACAUGAGGGUGCAGAAGUGCAGCUGUGCCUGGGACGGGGCACCCGUGCCAAGGAAGCUGGAGCCAUAGGUGUCGGAUAUAGCCAUGGUGGCCUCAGACUAAGACACGUGCACCAAGGCAGGUCUUGAUAUAGGUCUUAAUUUUCUACUUAGUAAGUUAGCCCUGCCCCAGCUGAGUGUCUCUAUUUUACCUUUCCUGCAUGUUCUUCUGUUUCUUGUCCUCCUGCCCAUCACCCACCCUAAGCACUUACAUGAGUAACUAAUACAACCCUGAUUGCUGAGCUACGAGAAGGAAAUCUCAGCCUCCUUGUUUAAAAGAUGUAGCCGAGCAUGGACAGAUUGUCAGCUGGGAGCUUCUGUUCUCUGACAAAUUCUCAGUUGAGUAUGGGCUAACAAACUCUACAAUGAGAACUGGGGAAAUAAACUGAUAUAUUCUAUUACAUGGUGAAUUAAAACAAAACAAAACAAAACAAAAUCCCUCUGUUUCCCUUAGGUAGGGAGGAGGUCUUAAAAAGAAGCCCCACUCACCAAAAUGUUGACCCAUUCUGGGCUUUUGUAAAUAUAUUCAAGUGCCUGUUUCACUGAGAGAGUGCUGGGAAGGAGGAUGAAGGGCUUCAGGCUUGGGGCAGUGGACAGGGAAUCAGGGCACCUGGUUUCUGUAUCUAAUAGGACCAUAAGCUGUGACCUCAAGCAAAUGUAGAAGACUUUCGGCCACUAUUUCCUCUUAAAAAGGAGAAAUUGGGAUUUGUCUCUAAGAUUUCAUUGCCCUGGGGAUGAGACAGCCCUAACCUCACCCACUCCUCUGCUCCUCUGGAGACCGAGCAUUGCCUGUGCAUAUUUCGGUUAUUUCCCCCACCGUUUUAGAGAGCUUAACACUGGAACCCACAUGUAUUUACAUAUUUUAACUUAGC